AUGGAAACGAUGGAAUUGCCAGUGAUUUUGAAAGACUUGAAAAAUGAAAGUUUUCUUACUCCCCCAUCCUUGAUCGAACGGCUCGCCAUUGUUCGAUCAAGGAUGGGGUUAAAAAAUUUUUAUAUAUAAAAUAAAAAAAAUAUUUUUUUUAUAUAUUUUUAAAUAAGAGGGUUAAGAGUAUUUAAUAAUUAUUUUUACAAUUAAUUUCAUAAAAAUACCAAUUUUUAAUAUUUGAUUUUUUGGCUACCCCUUUAAACUGUAUAAAUUUUAAUUUGUUCCUUAUUGAAUUAAAAUUUUAAAUUUUAAAGGAUCUCUAUUUUUAGAUUAUUGAGUUUUUAAGCCUAGGCUGAUGACUAAAGCACUUCUGAUGGUUGAUUCCGUAGCUUUCUGUUGUCUCAAAGCCUCUGACAACAACUUUAUUAUGCACAUCUUCCCAAGCUUUUGAUAACUAAUAUAUUUUUAUAUAUAUAUAAAAUUUGCAUGAUAUGAAAAUCGUUCGAUCAAGGAUGGGGGUUAAUUUUCCCAAAUUUUUAGGAAUUUUUACAGUCAAUCGUUCGGGGGAGUUAAGGAAAUUUCCAUCUUCCAAGAAGAUAUAGAUAAUUUUAUACUUGAUUCUGUGAAGAAAGGUCUCUUGAAAGGAGUAAAAAUAGAUGGGGUUAGCAAUCCUAUAUCAAGCCAAAAUUAUUAUAUUAAGAGAAUAAAUAGCUUGCUCCCAAACGCUAAUGCUAAAAUUAGCUUCCACAAACUGUUGGCAAUGCAUGCAAAUGAUUUUAAAUGUCAAAUAAAUAUCCCAACAACCCUUCUAAAAUUAGGAAAAAUGGAUAUUCAGUCAUAUUUAAUCUUUACAAAUGGCAGCGGACAGGUCUCUGUAAAAAAAUGUAACGAAACAGAAUUUUUCGAUCUUAAAAAAGAAAAAUCCAAUAAAGCUUUUCCAUUGUGCUGCUUAAAGCAUGAAAAUGAAGAUAUAACAUCAAUAUUUUCUAAAGAUAUUGCAAUUUCAGAAUGAAAAAAGGCUUCAGAGAAAUCAAUAAUGCAACACUUCAUAGAUCUAAAAUCCAAUCCCACCACAAUAAUAAGGGUCCUAUGGAGGAAAAAUAUGAAAAACAAAUAUUUCAUAAUAAUAAAUAAAAAUAAGUACCCUGUACAACGUCAAAAUACCUCAAGUAGCCAAUCUCAUCCCUUUCGUGGGAGAAGCAGAUCAAAUACCGAUAUAACUGAAUGUGAUGAAAAACUGCUUAAAAUUGAUAAUAAUUAAAAUAUGGCGUCUUCGUCUGGGCAUGGCCUCCCGGCCAUGCAGCCUCGACUCAUAUUUUAAUUAUAUCCGGCAAGGUUUUACCAUUUCAGAGAUGGACAGCAAUGCUAGGUAAGCAAUUCUGGUAGCUUUCAGAGCCUAGCCCAAGUCUAUUCUCAGGGGUGGAUUUUUCCUCGUGGGGAAGGAGGGUGCAAGGUUGGAAAGGGGAAGCCCAGCAAAGUCCUCUGGACCAUUCGGGCAACUCCCUAGCGUGAAACUGGGGGCGUUACGUCCCAGGCUUUUGCAUUUUUCCUUUUUGCCGAUAGCCGACCAGAAAAAUCCAUUUUUUGGGUUUUUCGGAAAAGCAACCCAUGUACAAGCAAGUAGCUCAUCCAUGAGCCGUCGAAGACGUGGACAUUUGCCCUGGAAGCACCAUGGUGAUCAAAGCGAGUUUGUCUCCAGCAGACUGGUGGGCCCGAUGCGACGAAAGGCGAGUGAUAAACCUGGAGUUGUAACCCCGUAGUGGACGUUAAGCGAUAUAAAUUCUAAUGUAAUGUAAUGUAAUGCUUAAAAUUGAUAACAAUUUCCAUAUACCUUCCCAUAGUAGAAAUCGAUCCCAUUCAGAUGCAUCUGAUUUCAAAACCCUCAAAAUCAAAAAAAGAAGAUUAAGCUAUAUACCAUAUCCAGGCAUCAAAUUGAUGAACGUCCAGCACUCCCAAUCCUAUUUUUCUCCUCCAAAAAUAAAAAAAGACUGCAAAAGAGCAGAUUCAAAUGAAAGAAUUUCCCCAAAAAAAGAAGUUUUGCCUCAUAUAAAUGUAGCUUCAAAUGUAAUAAAAGAAGAAGAAAAUAAAAAAUAUUUUGUUAUUACCAAAGAUAUUGAAAGUUGUUAUGCGAUAGAAAGCUAUAAAAAAGCACCAGAAAUUGAAGCCAUGAUAAAUCAAAUUGUUGCUUUCUUGAAUUCCUGCUUUUUUACAAGUCAUAAUCAACUUAAAGGGAUAAUAGCUGAUUUUAUACAGGACUCAGAAAACAAGUGGGUAUUGCUAGAUUGUAAAGAUUAUAUAACUGAAGCAGAUUUAAAUAUAAAUACAACAAAAAUGCAAAAACUAGAACCAACAAAAAGAUCAAGGUCAACACAGAAUUUGCUAAUCACAGCUGAAGCGAAUUUAACUGUUAACAACAUUUUCAAGCAUGAUGUAAUUUUUAGAAAUUCAAAUUUAAAUAAAGGAAUUUCAAAAAAAAAUACGUUAAGGAAUGAAGCUUGUAAAAUUGAUCUAAUAGAUUUAAGCCAUACAAAAAUAGCCGAUAAUGAAGAAACCAAUGGAUCUCAAGUAGAUACAGAUGAAACCCCGAGUAGGAAAAAUACAGAAUGCACAACAAGUCCUCAUGAUAAUAUCCAAAAUAAUAUUAUUUUAUAUGGAGCACAGUUCUUUUCGCCAAUCUUCAAGCAAAAAAAUGAUUCCCCACCACAAUGCCAGUCUCAAAGUAAAUCCUUAUGGACGAGGAGGGUUUAUUUAAGUGGGGUCAGAACUCGAUCCCUCCGACUCACCUUUAUGGGCGAGUUUUAUUAAAAUGGCAGAGUCUAGCCUAAGUCUUCCUCUGGACUUGCCCAAAGUCGCGGUCUAGCCUUGACUGACGCAAUGGUCCCAAUCCGGUCUGUUCUUCUCUCCAAGUCUCUGCUUCAGCAUCUCUUCAUAAGUAAAUCCUUAUGGAAAGAUAAUAAUUAUACCCAUAUUAGAAAACACUAUGUAAAUAUUGUAAGUAAUUUUGACGAAAUGGUGACAAGUGUUAAAGUUGCGAAAAAGAAACAAGAAAAUUUAGUGGAGAAAUAUGGAGGGACAGAGUUUUGGAAUCAGUUUAUACUGUCUUUCUAUAGAAAAGUGUUGUCAACUGAGAUGCUUAAAAAACACUUUAAAAAUACGAAUUUAGAAAAUUUUGGAAAAAUCGUUUCUGGGAUGUUUAGAAUUCUUUCAGGAAGCGUGAACCUAGAAUUUCGACGAAAGAUACGUGCAGUUCAUGCGAAUAUGAAGAUUGGGAUUACUGAGAGUGAAUUCGAUUGCUUUGCUGAUAUUUUUGCUAUAUAAUUUAAAAUUGAUUGACGAGCUAGACUUCUUUAGUCGGAGACUCAUCAGCACUUGAAGCUUUGGGAUGAGUAUCAGAUAUUCAAGAGAGUGCAUCCAAUCAGAUUUUAGCCAACUUGGUGGAGCGGUAACGAUAGAAUAACUAGCCUAACUUUUUCAAGCUAGCGAGGAAAGAAGCUUGGAAAAAUGGAAGUCAAUCAAUCAUUAGGAUACUCACGAGGUUAUUCAGGGAAUUCCCUAGAGCAAUAUCAGCGCUGCAUCUUGGUCGCCAAAUGACCAGAAAAAAUCGAGUUUAGACACUUCUAGAAGGCAACUCACACAGUCACCCGAUUCUAGCUACCAGUAAGCAAAUGCAAGUCCUUGCCGGGUAGAAAAACCAAGCAAAAGGCAUUGCGCUAGCUGUGAAGCGUUUAGAAGGGGAAUGAUAUUGUCCUAGAACCUACUGAGGGCUUCUUAUAAGCAACUAAAGCUAAUGCUGAUAUUUUUGUCAACACUUUGAAUGAUUUCAGUGUAUCAGAAGAAGACAGGAAUCUAAUUAUGAUUCAAGUAAAAUCUAUGAAGAGACUAGUUGCUAGAUAA